CACGUCGUUGCUCCUCUACGUUAAUUAAUAUAACAUUGAGAUCUAGAGAAGCACCAAAAGAGAUCUACAGAGAGAGAGAGAGAGAAAGAAUGUCUUGCUGUGGAGGAAACUGUGGAUGUGGCUCUGACUGUAAAUGCGGCGAUGGCUGCAAAGGAUGCAAGAUGUUCCCUGACCUCGCUUCAGGUGGAGAAGAAAGAGCAGAGAUUAGGAUUGCUGGGGUUGCCCCUCAACAUAAGAAUUCGGAUUGGAUCGAGAAGAAUGGAGGAGAAGAGAAUGAAGGAUGCAAGUGUGGUGCCAACUGCCCCUGUAACCCAUGCAACUGCAAAUGACACAAGUGCUCGUGAAGUUCAAGGGCUUCAUUAGCGGCGUUGCUCUCUUGACUACUUUAUUAGAAAUAAUGAGCAGGCCGGACGGCGUUCUUUGAUUGCACCAAGUGGCGUUUUUUUUUCUUCUGGUCUUUGUAGCAGUUAAGUAGCUUCCGAUCAAAGUGUAUUUCUUUUCCUUUAUGGGCAUAAAAUGGUGGUUGAAUAAGGCCACCCAUCCGUGACUGUACGAGAGAGCAUUUCUUUGUUUCCGUGACGGACUUUAAGUGAGAAUGAGUCCCUUCUCUCCAAGGAAAUGAAAAAGGAAGAUCUCAACUUAAAAACAUUUUGCUCGAGAAUAUUCUAAUGCUUCA